CAGAAGACUUCUCUCUUCAGCAGAAGACUACUGCCGCUACUCUCUCUCUCUCCUCCGUUCUGUCCAUAUAUAAAUAUGUAUAUGUAUAACUGUGGGGAUGGCGGCAUGCUGUGUUGCUGCGAUGGGUUUCUUGGAUUUGUGGGCAAUCUCUUUCUGUCUCUUGUUUUCUUUACAGGUUCAGGUUCUAAAUUCCCAAAACCUGACUUGCAAUUCCAAUGAUCUGAAGGCGCUCGAGGGGUUCUUGGUUGGUUUGGAGUCUGGAAUCAUCAAUGGCUGGGAAACCAAUUCAGCAUCUUCUUCCUCUUCUUCUUCUCCCAAUUGCUGUAACUGGCUAGGUAUUACCUGCAAUUCUGGCGGAGUUGUCAAAUUGGAGCUUUCAAGGCAAAAGUUGAGAGGCAACCUCUCUGAAUCAUUGGGCCACUUGGACCAGCUCAGAACAAUAAACCUCUCCCACAAUUUCUUCAAAGGCUCAACUCCACCAUCACUGUUUCAUUUGCCCAAUUUGGAGAUCCUUGACUUGAGCAACAAUGAUCUUUCAGGUUCCAUUCCAGUGCAAAUCAACCUUCCCUCACUCCAAAUUCUCAACAUUUCUGAGAAUGGUUUCCAGGGAUCCCUUCCAGAGGGUAUAUGGAACAACUUGACUCAAAUUCGGGUCAUUGAUCUUACUUUUAAUGACUGGCAUGGUAGAAUUCCGUCAUCAAUCGGGAAUUGCAGCUCAUUGGAAAGCCUUUGCAUCGGCUCCAAUUUCCUCAAUGGGAAUCUGCCAGAAGAUCUGUUCAGGCUGCCAAAAUUAGCCAAGUUUGCUGUUCCGGAUAACUGGCUUUCGGGGGGGCUCAGCAACGGCAUUGGUAAUCUUUCUAACCUUGAUCACUUGGAUGUAUCUGGAAAUUGGUUUUCAGGGCCUAUCCCAGAUGUGUUUAAUAGCUUUCCAAAGUUGGAAGAAUUUUUUGCUCAAUCCAAUGGUUUUGCUGGCCGGAUACCGCCUUCUCUGUCGAAUUUUAGAACUCUUACUGCACUAAGGCUGAGAUACAACUCUUUAAAUGGUACGAUUGAUGUUAAUUGUUCGGCAAUGAGUCGUCUGGUCUCGCUUGAUUUGGCUACUAAUCAAUUCACCGGGCCUGUUCCCGGUAAUCUUGCCCUUUGUCCACGUUUGAAAACUAUAAACCUUGCACGGAACAAUUUGGGUGGCCAAAUCCCAGAAAGCUUCAGGAAUUUCCAGAGCCUCUCGCACCUCUCUCUCUCGAACUCGAGCAUCUAUAACCUUUCAGACGCCCUCAAAAUUCUACAGCAUUGCCAGAAUUUGACUACUUUGGUUCUUACCUUGAACUUCCACGAUGAGGAGGUGCCUUCAGAUCCAAGUCUGCAGUUCAAAAGUCUGAAGGCUCUCAUUAUUGCCAAUUGCGGUCUCACCGGUUUGAUCCCCCAGUGGUUACGUGGGUUGAGACAAUUGCAGUUGUUGGAUUUAUCAUGGAAUCGGUUGCAUGGAUCACUUCCACCCUGGUUGGGACAUUUCGAGUUUCUCUUUUAUGUGGCCUUGUCAAACAACUCUUUUACCGGAGAAAUUCCAAAGACCCUGACUGGAUUACAGAGCCUCAUCUUCAGGGAUGUCUCCUUGCAAGAUCCUUUGGUUUUCCCAUUUUUCGUGAAAAGAAACAUAAGUGGUAGAGGAUUCCAAUAUAAUCACAUUGGGAGCUUUCCACCAACACUUGCCCUCGCCAAUAACUUUCUGAAUGGAUCGAUCUGGCCUGAGUUUGGAAACCUGAAAAAGCUGCACGUGUUGGAUCUGAAAUGGAAUAAUUUAUCUGGAAGCAUUCCUAGAAAUUUAUCAAAUAUGUCAAGCAUUGAGGCCCUUGAUUUGUCCCAUAAUAACCUGUCGGGAACUAUACCUGUCUCGUUGACAAAACUAAGCUUUCUUUCACGGUUCAGUGUUGCUUACAACCAUCUGUCUGGCGAGAUCCCGGAUGGCGGGCAGUUCACAACGUUUCCUAGUUCAAGCUUCGAUGGGAACCAAGGUCUCUGCGGCGAACCAGCCGCCCCCUGUUCCAAUAGUGGACAAGGAGCUCCUCCUCCUCCUCAAGUAGAUGCCAAGAAGCCAGAGAAAAGAGGAGGCUCUGAUUUUGGAAUGGGUUUUGGGAUUGGAUUUGGGACAGCUUUUCUUAUUGCUCUUGUGGCUUUUGGGUCCAACCAGUUCUGCCUGUCUCUCUGCUUCCCUUCCUUUGUUAGAAAGUACCUCGAAGGAGGUUGAUAAAGAAUACAGGUUUUAUCAGUGCUUUUGCUUCAACGUUAAUCGCUGGUUCUCUAGCUUUCUGCUCCUUUAGAAUCAUCCAAAUUAUAGUUCGUUAUGUACACAGCCCUAGCAGUUGCAUAUUCUCUCUUUGCCAAACUCAUUUCUCUCUUUUCUCCUCCUUCAUCCAUUACAGUUUAAUCUUCAAGGUGAAGACUUGUCGCGAAGAAUUUGAGAGAGGUUCCUUGGAGACAUAUAAAUAUAUAUAU